AUACGAUUGGUUUCAGGAAACAGUCUAUGCAAGUCAAAGACAACUCCCCUGGGCACAGGUGACCAGAAGUACAGCCCACUUGAUUCAACAAGUCCAGUCACAUCCUCGUGUUGCUCCACAGUGGAAGAAACAUCACCCAAAUGUUUCCACCACCACCAAGUGUCCUAAGAUUUUCCUCAGCAACGCUCUUGGACAGGGUGUCACCUUGCAGCUGUGAAUUCUAGGAAUGCCAGGUGAAGCUGCAUCUCUCAUAAGCCCUUUCAUCUCACAGAGCUGGUGUCUAGCAAAGUUAGAGGAACAGCAGCCAGCACCCUGACACAGAGACUUUAUUAAUGUGUAAUACUGCUGAGGCAUGUUCUGGGUGGCUUUUGUGCUGUUACCCUCAGAACUUUCGUGGUGUUUCCCUCAACGUUUAGAAACACACUUUGGAAAUAAUGAAACGGGAAACACAAUUUCGGGGUCCUUUCUGAUGGCUCUUGGCCCCAGCGUCAGAGCCACAGAGGAUCCCCUGAUGCUGGGAGCCGAGCGGAGGCUGAAGAUCGAUACCCGGUUUUGGCAGAAAGAACGACGGUCUCCACCCGUCUCCCGCAAUCUGGAAGCCUGCAGGAGACACAGCUCUGUCCCCAGGGCAGGCAGGCGGCGGGAGCACGGGCUCCGCGGGGGACGGGCUCAGAGGAUGGGCGCUCCUUUCCCUGCACCGACAGAGCUUCUGGCGGGUCUGAGCAAAUCGCAAAGGUCACAACACCCCCGGGCCCCUUCCCGGGGGAACCCGCUGUCCGGAAUCCGGCGCCGAGGGUGCCGGUGCCCAGCCUCGCAGCCUGGACUGGCAAGAGACUCCCAGCUCCCAGCACACGGUGUCGGGUCGGCAGCAAAGAAAGUGGCUCUGGAGCCGGCUGUUCCCUGCAGCCCUGCGGCCCGUUUCUGGGCUGCAGGAAGACGCCUCCUGCCAGCCCGAGCAGCUCGGAACUCUGAGAACUGUGGAGGAAGAGGGGACGUUCCCCGGGCAGGGAGUGAAGCCCCUCAGCUAAACCAAGAACCACCGGGGAUUGUUGCUCAGCACCUGUGAUGGGGUGCCAAGGUGUCGGACCAUACCUUUCUAUCUGACCUAGAGAUGGGGCAACUGAGAGGCGUUUUAAAAACUUUUAUUCCAUUUUCAGUCUCAUGUGAAGGGUGAGACAGUACAGAUGUUGUAAUUCAUGCCAUCACAAUCAGAAGCCAAACUAUUUCUUAAUUAUAAUACAUUAUAAGCGUUUCUUGGCCUAUCAGUCUUUGCUACACAAUGCUGCUAAUGCCUUAAUCAUCUAAAAUUACUCUUUGUGGAUCCUACUACAAUACCUCUUUCAUAAUUCUAUUUCUCCAAAGUAUCUAGUCUAUUUGUAAGGCCAUAAUUUGAAACCUGUUUCUAGUUCUAUUUUUCUCCCAAUAAUGUCCAUUUCCCACACCAAGGGAGUGACACCUGCUCGUCUCCCAGCCACGAAGUGCCCUGCAGCAAGGCCAGACUGGAGCUGCGCCACUCCCAUCCAGGGUGAAUGAUGUCCCCUGAGCUGUGGUGGCCCUGAGGCAAGGUGGGAGAGAAUCCCUUAGGACAGGUGACAGGCAAUGGAUGGCUCAGAGGCAGUU